CUGAAUGUGCAGUGGUUUGAAAUUGAUUUCAUCGAUUCAUCAUGGAUUAUCAUUAGCAAAAGCGAACGUUUCGUUCCCCUGUUUAACGGGUUUUCCAUUUGACCGUAUAUUUCUCCGUUGAAGAAUGAAGAGUGUAGCAGUAUUGGUCUGUUUUUAAAUGAAUCUUGCAUCGACGCCUGUGCUUCCCGUUCUUAAUCUUUUCUCCCUUGCAGUUUAUCGUGGUUUGACUUUAGAAUACAAGAAAAAUUAAUUGUAUGCACUUCUGUUGAGUUUAUCCCAACACAAGCAUCCCUCCACUUCAUAAUUUAGAGAAGUUAUAAGUAAGUUAGCUGUUCAAUGAUUGACAGAGUGGAUGCGAUGAUGGCGCUUUGGAUGAGUGAAUUUAUACCGGGAAAAUUCCAUGUACCCUGGAGCAUUUCUAGUCACUAAAAUUUGGUGUAAUAAGCCCUUCAACUUGCUAUUUGCUGUACAUUCUUUUCUAGUUUUUUAUGAGUAUAGAGUAAAAGAAAAAUUGUAGCAGUUUGGUGCUUUUCAUCUUUGGUUUGCAUUAUUUGUCUGCUGAAAUUUACCAUGAAUUAGUUGUUCAGAUUCUCUUACAUAAUGCAUUGUUCACAAUUAGUUUCACACGGAAGCCUCUGCAAGCUCCUUAUUUGGUUUAUUAGAGUGGCUUCUUCACUCAACCAACUAGGUUUUUGUGCUUGAUUUAUUUUCCUGAUGGCAUUCUCAAUUUUGUGGUGAGGGGCUGUUCUACUACUAAGUGAUACAAUUGACUCUACAUUAUGAUAGCAUUGGAGAUCCAAAAGGGAGGCGGGUUUAUAUUAGUUCGCUCAAGUGGAUCACCAUUGGCUAAAUAGCUGUAGUCUGCCUAGAUUAGAUUUUUCUACACUCACAGUUUUCAAGUUGUUUUUGUCAUAAUAACUACCUUUUUAGGAACCGUCAUCUCAGUGAAUCUUCUUGUUAUUCAAGACGAAGACUUAUGUGGAAGCUCAUUUUUUACCAAAUAGGAUGAGAACAUUACACUUUUUUAACUACCAUGGAACCUGAAGGAUCUCUCACUAAAAGGCACGUUGGGUCCAGAGCUUGGAACUCUUAGUCAUCUGAGGGCUCUGUAAGUGUGUAGUAAUAGAUUAGCGCUUUCAUGAUAGUAUAAAUUCACAUUCGGUGGACAACAGUAUUUUGGCAUUUUGAUUAUUUUCUUGAUUUUGCAAUGUGUUAUUUGAAUAUUUGCUACACCGAUGCCAACGGUUUGGCACCUGGCUAUCCUACUUGCAGUGUACUCUCCAAUAACUUGUUCACUGGACCGAUACCUAAGGAAAUGAGUGCUCUCGCAAUGUUGGAGGUUCUGGAUUUGAGCAAUAACAACUUGACUGGUGAAGUUCCACAAGAGAUAACAGAAAUGCAAUCACUUAAGCAUUUAUUGCUUUCCAACAACAACUUUCAAUGGUCUCGGAUCCAAAAUUCCUACAGAAACCUUGAUCAGGAAAAUGAUUUAGAUAUCUACUAUCAUCUCGGGAGGGAUAAUAUGGAUCAAAGAACUGAGGAUGGGUUCGAAUCAGGUUCUUCAUCUGAAGAGAACAAAAAGGACACUAGCAAUCUUUCUGCUCACGUUCCUUCACAAUUGGCAGCAAGAAAUCCAGCAGCACAGCUUAGCCAGCGCAGAUUACUUCAGGAUAGCAAUCUUGCUGCACCUUCUUCUGCAAAUGCUCCUGUUCCAUCUGCUGUUCCUGUUCCUUCCACUGGAAGUGGCUCAUUUUCAGCAUUUAGUCCUAACAACGCACCUGAACCAGCUGUAAAUCCUCCAACAACUCCACCCGUGUCUCCUGCUACUCGUACAGAAGAAGUUUUGAAAAGAAGGUCCAUAAGGUGGCUUUAUGUCAUCGUGCUUCCAUUGAUCGCACUGCUACUUGUUGGCAUAGUAUGUAUGCUUUUGCUAUGCCGCAACAAGUCAGUGAAAACGAUAGGUCCAUGGAAGACUGGACUCAGUGGCCAGCUCCAAAAGGCAUUUGUGACAGGAGUACCCAAGUUGCAGCGCUCCGAGCUGGAAGGUGCUUGUGAGGACUUCAGUAAUAUUGUCACAAGCUAUCCACAUUACACUGUAUAUAAGGGAACCUUAUCGAGUGGUGUUGAGAUAGCUGUUGUAUCAACUAUGAUUACGUCUAGCAAAGAUUGGUCAAAGCAUUCCGAAGGGCGAUUCAGGAAAAAGAUAGACUCGCUCUCACGAAUUAAUCAUAAGAACUUUAUCAACCUGCUUGGGUACUGUGAGGAGGAAGAGCCUUUCAUGAGGAUGAUGGUGUUGGAAUAUGCGCCCAAUGGAACACUAUAUGAACAUCUCCAUGUUGAGGGAUUUGAUCAUAUUGAUUGGAAUGGUAGGAUGAGGGUAAUUAUGGGAGUAGCAUACUGUAUCCAGCACAUGCAUGAGCUCAACCCUCCUAUAACACACCCUAACUUAAAGUCAAGUGCCAUAUUGCUAUCUGAGGAUGGAGCCGCAAAGCUAGCAGACAUGAGUGUUUGGCAAGAAGUAUACUCCAGAGGAAAUAUGCCCCAGAAUGAUGACUUUGUUGAUCACCAUGAGCCAGUAGCUGCUGAUCCAGCUGGGAAUGUAUUCAGUUUUGGUCUGCUCAUGCUGGAAAUCAUCUCAGGAAAGCCUCCAUAUUCCGAACACAAGGGCUCCCUUGCAAACUUGGCUUUGAAGUGCAUUAGGGAUGACCGGAGCAUGUCUUGUUUACUUGAUCCUACCUUGAAGGCUCACAAAGAAAAAGAGCUAGAAAUCAUUUGCCAGUUGAUCCAGGAUUGCAUCCACAGCGAUCCGAAAAAGAGACCAAACAUGAGAGAAGUCGCCACUAGAUUGAGAGAAGUAAUAGCGAUUACACCGGAGGCGGCAACGCCGAGGCUAUCUCCACUUUGGUGGGCAGAGCUUGAGAUCCUUUCAGUUGAAGCAAGCUAGGGAAAAUGUUCACAUGACAUGGUUCUUACAAGCAACACUGAGGCUCUGUGCAUACUGUCAUGCAACACUGUACAUCUCUGUUGUGCAUUAAUUUCAUCUUUUGUUGUAAUUUCGGUGUCGGCGUGUGUUACAUUCUUCCCCUUCCCCUUAAAUUCAAUUGCCGGGUUAUUUUUCUCGUUUCUUCUCCACUUUCCUCUGUAUACUAAACAUACAUGGUCUGAUAAUAGAAUGAUCCAUGCCAUCCUAGGGUUGAUUGUAAUCAGGAAA